AUGGGGGAUCAUUCUGACAAACGCUCUACUCCAGCUCCCCUCGGUUACCUCGCGCCGGUCUGCGCCGGCCUUCUCGUGAUCAGUGUCUGGUACCGUCAUUUCCGUCGGAACCGGCAAAGCUCUCAUUUUUUGGAUCUGGAGAGUAUUUCCUUUCGACGCGGUUCUACGGUGAUCUCAAGUGGCGAGGUUGACAAGCAAUUUCCGCGGAUGAAAUACAGCGACUGGUGGGCGGGUCGAUGUAGAAAAGAGAGUAUUGGUAAAGAAACUAUUGGGUCGCUGGGUUCAGGAUCGGAAGACCCCAGAAGUGGUCAGGAAGAGAAGGAGACAGCAAUCACCGUCCCUGAAGGCCAUGUCCAUAAGACAGACCCUGCUGAGGAUGCUCCGGACACGCAAAUAGACAAGGCACAGAAACAUGUUGGCGACUCAAGGAAUGCUUGUGGGCACGACACUGACGAUGUAGCCAGCGAGUCGGGAUGCUUAUGCGCGAUUUGCAUGGAUUCUUUUGAAGGGGAUACCUAUAUUCGACCUCUGACAUGCGGACACAUCUUCCACUCUUCCUGCGUGGAUCCGUGGCUCACGAGACGACGUGCAAGCUGCCCUCUGUGCAAUAAGAGCUUCGGUGAUCAGGGAGCAAGUAAUAGGGAGGAACCGAAUACACAGAUAUUCCCCGUUCUUGCCAUGCCAAGGGCAGCAAUGAUUAGAAGUGACGUUUUCCCCAGGACAAUGUGAGACGAUAUCUAUUUCGAUGCACCGUUAAUGUGCGCAACGGUCUCGAGUUCUUCGCUCGGUAUAUCCGCUCCUUAUAACGUCAAAGCCGGCAAAUCAGACUUUGUUAA